AGCAUUCCGGCUAGACACGAGCAGCUGGCGGUCAGUGCUAGUGCCAGCGACAUGGAUGGCGCUGGCUACUUUAGCCCCCACAGCAACGCAAAAUCUCCAAAGUCUCCACAAUGCUCUCGGACGCUUGUGGAUCGCUGGCUGCGCAGCAGCGGCAUAGGGAUGCGACGAAAAAGCACACAGGCUCGCCGAUCAGUCUGUCGUCUAUUAUGCCUGGGGAGUCUGACCGUGAGGAAAGCUCGCCCGGAUUUAAAACUGCCAACUCUAAGUCUGCGCCAGCUGCGGACCCUUUUCCAGCCAAGAAAUCGCAACUCGGGAUGACCUCAAUGCUGCUUCCACUUAAGUUGAAAAAGAAAAGCGGUCGAACAACUGCCACUACAGCUACACCGGAGCAGUCCCUGAAGAACCAUAGGACCAUACCCGAAACUCCAGAUUCCCCAUUGAAUGGUGGUGAUGUUGGCUCUGGAGAACAGAAACAGCAUAUACCCGAAAACAUAAAGCACACCAACAGCACCAAAUCCGCGCACAAGCCGAGAAUGGUAAUGCGCCUGUUUAAACGCAAAAGCUCUAACCCUGAAUAACCCAGGCACGAUAAGAUAGAAAUGUUCAAUCAAUAA